ACUCUCACGCCCACACAUAACUUUGAAUACACGUUGAACACUUAUUACACCACACGCCCGUGCGCUAUUCGAUACAUAUCUUCCGUGCGCCCUCGCCCUCUUUCGCCAUUGAUCUUGCACGACACCCGGCCUGCUGCCAUCGGAUCCACACCGCCAUCCGCCCAGACGGCCAACCACUGCGAUAUUCCGAAUGCCUUUGUAAGGACCCUGUAAUCGCCUCCGCCAAACCCUCCCAGCACGCCAUCCUCCCUCUGCAUCUCGACACCUCUUCUCACCGCGCCGCGCAAUCGUAGAUGAGCGGCCCUUCGCCGGGACCUUCAUAGGGACCCUUGCGUUUCUCUCCACCAAGCUCUCUCCUCUUCCUCCGCUCCUUCACCAAGCACCUAGCUAGCUAUGGCGUCAGACAUUCCCCCCCAGAGCCCGGACGCUGUCGCAACCCUCCGCAGCGAGCACGAAUCCAACGAUUACACCCAGGACCGCCCCCUAUCCGCCCGGAGCCGCAGCCCAAAAAGGCGUCGUACUCAUAACCACAGUCACACUGUCGACCCCGACCAAGACGAUCCGCUUGUUAGGAAGAGCGCAUCCAAAAAACUCGAAAAGAUGAUUGCCCCCUACCUCGCACACCAUAUCCCCUCACAGUACAACCCUCUCGGUGCCAAUGAGAUGGACGACCGCUCCAGCGCCAACACAAAGUUCUGCUACCGUCACCGCCCCGACAUGCUGUGUCGAAAGCAAGCCGACGAGCCCACCAUGGAGAUGCUGCAAGAGGAACUGGGCCAUGAAUCCCAAGCCGACCAGCAGAGCAUCGCCAACGUUUGGUCGCUCUUCUCCGCCGCCCCUGCCCGCCAGCGCAAUCUCAUGCUACAAGGAAUCCUGUCCGCCUGCUGCUUUCCUCAGCUCUCCUUCAUCUCCUCCAAUGUGCGCAACCUCAUCAAGAUCGACUUCCUCUCUGCCCUCCCUACUGAGCUCGGCUUCAAAAUCCUCUGCUACCUCGACACCACCUCCCUCUGCAAAGCUGCCCAGGUCAGCCGCCGAUGGCGACAGCUGGCCGACGACGACGUCGUGUGGCACAAAAUGUGUGAGCAACACAUUGACCGAAAAUGCACAAAGUGCGGUUGGGGCCUCCCGCUUCUCGAUCAGCGCAGGUUGCGGACCGAGAAGAGGCGCAUCCAACUACGUGCAUCCGGUCGCGGACUCAACGAGUGGUCUCCCGACGUCACCCCGAUGCCGGAAUCGUUCCAGCCAGAGCACAACCCGCCUUCUGCUUCACUUGUAUCUCACACAUCAGACUCUUCCAACUCAAUCGCAUCCAAACGCUCCGCUCCCGACUCGCUGUCUCCCGAGAUCUCUGCCAAACGCCUUUGCCACGACUCUCCUCACGAACAGCAAGUCUCGGAAUUUGACCAACCCAAGAAACGGCCCUGGAAGGAUGUCUACAAAGAUCGUUUCAAGGUGGGCACUAAUUGGAAAUACGGCCGCUACUCCACACAAAUCUUGAAGGGGCAUUCCAAUGGUGUCAUGUGCCUCCAGUUUGACGAUCAGAUUCUCAUAACCGGGUCGUACGACGCAACCGUCAAAGUAUGGGACCUAACCACUGGCAAGGAAAUCCGAACUCUCCAAGGCCAUACCGAGGGUAUUCGCUGUCUACAAUUUACCGACACUGUUCUAAUCACAGGAAGCUUGGAUGGCUCCGUCAAAGUAUGGGAUUGGAGGACGGGGGAGUGCAAGGCGACCAUUCGCUCCCACGACCGUGUUCCCAACAGCGGCGUGAUAGGAGUCCACAUGGUAGACAACAUCCUGGCAACUGCUUCGACUGACCAUACCAUCGUUGUUCACGAUGUGCGCAGCCGCUCCAAGUAUGCGCUUGUUGGCCACGAGGAGUGGGUCAACUGUGUCAAGUUGGACAUACCUUCGCGGACACUUUUCUCGGCUUCGGAUGACAUGACGGUAAAACUCUGGGAUCUUGAUACCCAGCAAUGCAUCCGGACGUUUGAGGGGCAUGUUGGCCAGGUUCAGCAGGUCCUUCCUCUCCCCCGGGACUUUGAGAUUGACGAAGCGGAUUUUGAAGAUGCCACCAAUGAUUCGUCGGACACGUCGUCCAACACCUCGUCGCGUCACCAUUCACCAUUGGAGGCGGAUGGCGCCGAACCCCUAUUUCCCGACGACCCCGAGCGGCCGGCGCCGCCUUCUUACUUCAUUACCGCCGCCUUGGACGGUACCGUCCGUCUCUGGCACGUUCCUACCGGCCGCACCAUUCACUCCUUCUUUGGUCACAUCGAAGGCGUGUGGAGCCUGGCCGUGGACAGCCUGCGUCUGGUCUCUGGUGCCGAGGACAAGAUGAUCAAGAUCUGGGAUCCCCGCACAGGCAAGAAUGAGCGCACACUUACCGGGCAUACCGGUCCCGUGAACUGUGUGGGUCUGAGCGACUCUCGUUUGAUUAGCGGCAGUGAGGACGGGACGAUCCGUGUGCACUGUUUCGUCGGCGAGGCAUGA